AUGGGAUUUUGGCUGCUUUUAGGAGUUGUCUGGCUGUGCACGAGUUUGCUUGCAGGCGUGGUCACACAGGACGUGUCAGGAAGCUUCGUGACUGAGUGUCGGGAUCGCUACUUCUGGAUGUCGACCAAUGGCAGGUUUGCCGGCGCCAGCUUCCGCUUCGACAUCGUUGAUGGAAAUGCUAUUCACUCACUGAAUGACAGCUACGCAGCGUCAUGUGGGUUCACCUAUUCCUUCAACCUCCCCGGGGACCUGAUCUUCAGAGCGUCGUUCCUGGCCUGUCACGUGCAGAGCAUGAAUGACGUCUCGUAUGUUCUCCAGUACCGCUUUGUGAGAAUGGACUCUCUGGGUAGAGAGACAGUCUACCCCUUCUCCCUGUCCUGCAGCACUGAGAGCCCCUGGAACCCCCGUGAGGUCGUCUGUGAGGAGAACUACAUGGAGGUGUCUGUCAGGAAGAAUGUUCCAGUUAUUGCUCAGGAAGGACUGGCAAAGGAAGACUGGGAAGCAGCACUCUCCAUAGCCGAGGAAGCAGUGAUGUCUGUGUGGCAGGUAGUGUUCCACCAGACCGGAAUGCCCCCCAAAACCAUGAAUGCCACAGAUGCCCGCACCGCAGGGUACUUUGUCAACUCCACAGCCAGCCGCGUCCUCUUCCGAUCACCCUAUGGCAUGCCAAAGUCAGAGGUGGUCAUGGUGGUAGGGAUCCCAGUGGAAGCCAUCAGAGCCACUGUGUUCUACAAGCAGAGGUGGAUGCUGCUAUUGGUGGACACUUCGGCUGCCUGUGCUAAGAACCCCUCUGUUUUUGAUGGCACCUACCUGAGCUGGGUCACACCGAGGCUCCUCUCCCCACUGGUCCUGCAUCCCACCCAGUUCCUGGAUAAGCAGAUCAAGAUGGGAGUGGAGGGGAGGCCCCUGGAUGAGAUCACUGCUACUAGCCGGGGCUACCAGCUGCUGGUCAACAGCACUGCAGUGAAAAUCAGCAUUCCCUUUGGUGCUGUGGGAGGAUAUCUUAAGAGUCAUGUGAUUGACAACAAGUACAACCAGAUGUAUGCCAUUGACCUCUUUCUGGAGCACCAAUGGGCCGAUGACCUGUGGGAGGUGACGCAGCACCGCUCCUUCAAGCCAGUCCGCUCCCCCUACCGCCCUGAGACUCCCUAUGUGGUGAACAAUACCAUCCCAAGUGAGAAGGGCUUCACGGUGACCCUUGGUAACUUCAAGCCGGAUGUUGAGCUGAGAAAUGUGACCAUCAAUGGGGUUCCCCUGACCCUUCCUGAGGCUGAGAACAGAGGUGUGAAGAUCAUUGAGGUCAAGCACCCCAAUGGCACCAAGGACUUUGUCCUGAAGGUCCCCUUUGCCAACCCGCUCAUCCCGGAGCAGUACAUUGGUGAUAAUUACAGACGCUACCCGUUGAACAUCAACUACACUUUAAACAUUAUCCCUGUGAAUGAGACUUAUUUCCAUCCAGCCAUGAUCGUGUGUGAUGUUCAGGAUGUUGUCUAUCCUGAUGUCAAAAGCAUUUGUACAAACACCAGCAUUGUGUUUGAAGUGACCGCUGGCAACAUGGACUACCAGUGGGAGCUUUGCAUUGGGGAAGAGCCUCUAACCCCAGAACUGGCGGCUCUCCGAGGCUACACCAUGACCAGCCGGCCCACGAUCAGAAUAGAGUUGCCGCUCUUUAGUAUUGGCUACAUCUAUGAGGAUAUCACUCUGAGGGGGCUUGUUGGUAAAGUGGUGUUGAUUCUCAGAGAUAUGAAGAGCCUGAAGGAGGAGGCCCGGUUCGAACAGCGCUGCCCGUUCCCAACAAAGGAAAUGCUGGUGUGCAUGCCUAAUGGCGUGAUGUCAGUGAUGGUGGUCCCAAUGGCUCCUGUACCAACUGUUGAUCUCGCCAAGACCACCCUGCUGGAUCAGAACUGCAGGCCCACAGAGGCUGCCUCAAACCGGGCCCUGUUCACUUUCCGGGUCAACACCUGUGGGACCAGGAGCAAGAUUGAUAAUAACUACCUGGUCUAUGAGAAUGAAGUCAUCUAUAGUCAGGAGCUGUUCCCAGCCAAUGCUCCCAUCAUCACGAGAGAUUCUGAGUACAGGCUGACUAUCCGUUGCCGGUACCCAGUGAGUGACUCCAGGAAGAUUUUUGCUGAGAGGAAGCUGGUUCCACCCCCUGUAUCCUUCUCUGCUAAAGGACAGGGGACCCUGCAGUUCCAGUUUACUCACUACAGUGGUGACAAGAGAACCAGAGAUGUCUUGAAUCUGCAAGCCCGUCUUGCUAGAGAUGUGAGCUACUCCCAGUUCUACUCUGCGUUCCCUGUGUCCCAGUCUAUGCUGGAGCCACUGUUCCUAGAGGUUGAGCUCCUGCACCCCCAGAACCUGGCCGACCAGCUCAUCCUGCAGGACUGCUGGGCCACUGAGAGCCCUGAACUGGAUGCCAGCCCUCAAUGGGACCUGGUCACUGACAGCUGCCUGGUCAUAGGAGAUUCCUAUAGGACUCUGUUCCACCCAGUGCCAGCCAGCACUCUCACCAAGGCCUCCCUCCAGAGGCUUGAGGUCCAGGCACAGCAGUCUAGCAAGGACCCUGCCUUCUGGAGACAGGUGUACUUCCAUUGCAUGGCUGUAGUUUGUGAUCCUAACCUGGAGGAUACUUGCAAUAAGACUUGUGUACCUGGAGAAAAGAGAUCUGCCCGUAGUGUUGAUCGGUACAGCCAGACCCGAGGCUAUGCUUCUGCCGGGCCAGUCCAAUUCCUACCAGAAGGAGUUGUUGACCUUGAAACAGCAGAUGGCUCCCCCCUGUCCCCCUUCGUACUGGUGCUGGGUGUGGUAGCUGCUCUCCUCGGAGUUCUGCUCGCCUUUCUUGUUGCUCUUGCUGUCAGAACCAGAAGAUGUUAA